AUGGAUACAUCAACUUAUGAUUAUUGGAGCAAAANUAUUUUAUCUAUUUUAUUACUUUAUUAUUUUAGUACAUCAACUUAUGAUUAUUGGAGCAAAAAAAAUGUACCGCAUUUUCGUCCAAUACCGUUGUUUGGAAAUUUCUUAGAAUUUGUACUUGGGUUGAAAAAUCCAGUAUUUAUAAUUCAAAAUAUUUACAGAUAUCCAAGUAAAACAAAGUACGUUGGAAUGUACCAAAUGAGAACGCCAAUUUUGUUGAUACGUGAUCCUGAGCUUAUUCAACAGAUACUUAUUAAAGACUUUUCAUAUUUCACUGACCGCGCAGUACCUUUUGAUCUUGAAGCUCCACUUGCCAAUCAUCUGUUUUUAAUGAAAGGCCAAAAAUGGAAAAUAAUGAGAAAAAAAAUCAGUCUUGUUUUUACACCUCGCAUGUUAAAAAACAUGCACGAACAGAUAAAAGAAUGCAGUAACGAAUUAAUUGAAAAAAUUGAAAAACAUCUUAAAAACGAUGACAUUAUUGAAGUAAAAGAAAUGAUGGGAAAUUAUUCAACAGACGUUAUUGGUACUUGUGCUUUUGGAUUAAAACUGAAUACCAUUACUGAUGCUGAUUCACCUUUUCGGAAAGCUGGUAAAGCUAUAUUUACACCUGAUUUUUGGUCAAUGUUAAGUCAAUUGGUAUUAAGAAUAUCGCCAUCGUUAAAAAAAAAACUUAAGCUUAAUGAUAUACAACCAGAGAUAGUGGAAUUUUUCGUAUCUGCUUUUAGUGAUACAAUGAAAUUUAGAGAAGAAAAUAAUAUUUUGAGGGAUGAUCUCGUACAAUGUCUUAUACAAGCCAAUAAAGAUUUAGUUAUAAAUAAAACUGAACCAUCAGUUGAAUUUAAGUACAUGGACAUAAUUGCUAACGCAUUUCUUAUGUAUCUUGCUGGUUUCGAAACCGUAUCUACGACUAUGAGUUUUUGUCUUUACGAACUGGCAUUACAUAAGUCUAUCCAAGGUCGAGUUCGUGAAGAAAUGACUCAUUUAAUGGCAAAACACGAUGGAAAAAUCAAUAGUGAAUUUUUAUCCGAUUUGCACUAUUUAGAAAGGGUUAUAGCAGAAACUUUAAGAAAAUAUCCACCGGCACCUUCGCUCACUCGAGAAGUGACAAAAGACUAUCAACUACCCGAUGAAGAUUUAAUACUAAAAAAAGGCUCAAAAAUACUAAUACCUAUGUACAGUUUGCAUAUGGAUAGUAAGUAUUAUCCUGAACCUUUGAAAUUUGAUCCAGAUAGAUUCUCUGACGAAGAAAAAGCAGGGCGAACUAGUGGUACUUAUCUACCUUUUGGAGAUGGACCUCGUGUACAAGUAUCUAGUUUAUUAUAG